UGUUGAUUCCUUAUGCUGAUAGAAGAUUACCUAUGCUAUGCAUCAGCCAAUUUCUUAGAACUCUCUUGGAAUAUUCCAAAAGUCACAGUCUCCAAACAAAUUAAUAUUAUUUUCUCCCUUAAUAAUGUUGGUGCUCUGGUACAAGAAAGCUCCUUAAAAAUGCCAGCUUUGGCCAAUACACUGCCUUCGGUUCCUCUCUUUGUCAUCCCCCCAAAGCAGAAGGUGAAGCAAUCAAAGCAAUUAAAGUCCUCCAUUUUGCUCCUUGAGAAGACAGAUAUGGUUCAGCGCAACCAUGGAGGUUGGAGAGUCCUUCCUCAAGACCAUCAGCAUCAAAGUCUUCCUUCGCUCCCAGAGGAUUGUUUAUAAACUCGCUAAGCGAGCAGAAGAACAACACAAGAGGUUCAUCUUCAAGGCGACAUAUUUAUUGUGUGUUCUUGGAUAUGGUGCUUUCUGCUUCAUACUUGGUGCAUGGCCCCAAGAUGUUCCACUAAUUUAUUGUUUGCUAUAUAUAAUGGUGGUUCCUUUAAGGUGGGUUUACUAUCUGUCCAAGAAAUGGCAUUAUUAUCUCCUGGAUUUCUGCUACUAUGCAAACACAUUCUUUCUGAUCACGAUUCUCUUCUAUCCCAAGAAUGAAAAGCUUUUCAUGGUUUGUUUUUCAUUUGCAGAGGGGCCAUUGGCUUGGGCAUUGGUAGUUCGCCGUUGCAGCCUUGUUUUCAUCUCCAUUGAUAAAAUUGUUGGUGUUCUUAUACAUCUUGUACCUGGAAUUGUUUUCUUCACCAUCAGAUGGUGGAAUCCAGAACCUAUGAGCCCCCAAGGCAGAACAGCAGCAUGGCCUGAGGUGGAGGAGAAUGCCUUCCUAUGGACAUGGUUGUUCGCGGUUCCUUUGGCUGCCUACACCAUGUGGCAACUCCUCUACUUCCUCAUUGCCGAUGCAUUGAGCUGGCAGCAAUUUCUAAUUAGUGACCCUGAGGUCAUAACUUCUUAUAGGGAACUACCAAAGAAGGCUCAAAAGGCAGACAUCUGGUGGAGGUUAAGCAGCCUUCUCGGCGACAAAUAUCGACCCACCAUGAACAUUUUGAUCCAGACUAUCUUUACAGCAGCAACCAUGGCUCUCAGUGUUCUCAUCUUCCUGUCCUACGAGAUGCAUUUAGCUUUUCAGGUCUUGAUGCUCUCAGCUACAGUAUGGAAUGGUGGAAGCUUCAUUUGGGAUACCUUCCUCAUUCCCAAGCAAGCCAUCCUCAAGGAGCAGAAGAAAAAGCCCUAAUUGCUGGAUUCCAUCCUCAAGGAGCAGAAGAAAAAGCCCUAAUUUCUGGAUUACAGUUAUAGCAAUAUUGUGAUUUAUCAAUUGAAGUGAACAAGCUAGACAUGGAUGAAAUGCAUGAGUUAAUUGCUUUGUCCUC